AUGGUUUUCGGUCAGACUUUGACGAAAGCAACGGAGAUCGAUACCGCCCAAUUUGCGCAGCUACGUGAAAUUUUUUCGUCGUCGCUGACGUUGAUCGACCGCUUGGUCAGUAGACUCAGUUCGUCUAUCAAGUUGAUUUGGGAGCCUAAGCGAUGGCUGUCUGUGGUUUUGGAUAGUCUGCAAGAAAAGACAUACUUCACCAUCGUCGACAAAACGAUCUCUCUCAUUGUCCUCCUCCAGCAAACAUCUGAUCUCACACCCAACUUUUCCAUCGAUGAUCGAUCCACUAUGUCCAAAAUGAUUAAUCGUUUGUUGUUGUAUCUUCGACCGGACUAUGCAGUAUAUCAUGCUCGCGCUGUCAAUCUUAUCUGGAGUCUCAACGCCGCCACAACUAGAUCCCACGUUGAGAGCAUCUUGGCGCAAGCUAUGAAUUCAUCAGAGUUGAGGAAUGUCCAAGAGUCCUACGAGGCUUUUGGUCGAAAAUGUGAUAAAUCAUCUUUCGUAGAGGAUAAUAUGCUUCCUGGCUUCCGGUUCAAGGUCCCGAUGAUGAUCGUACUGGACACCUUGAAGAACGAGGAACCGAACCUUCGACGAAUUGGCGAGACCUGGAUGAGAUGUAGUUUGAAAUCAUAUCUUCGCGUACUCGAUCCUAUUCUGUUCGAACUCAUGGACCCUUCGAUCCGCCGGUCAACAUCGACCAUGAAAGUGAAGGGUAAAGAGAUUCCCGGGUUCACAUAUGAACGUCCGUUCGACCAACGGUACAUCAAUCACCUUCUCGAUAUGCUGGCAUUUAUAUUCCUGGAAUUCCCUACUUCCGCGCGGGUCAGAGGUCCCAAACAAGCAUCUCAUACCGACGUGCAUGCUAUAGCAUGCAAAGUCGUUCAAGCGCUAACAGGUCGUAAUGGUCUUCAUCGUGCUGUCAUGGGGGAUACUGCAAUCCGUAACGCUCAUAUGGUAUAUCCUCUAGGCUUAAAGACGAAUACCAGGCAGAUCUACGCUUCCUCCGAUCACACACUAGUGUCCAAUAAGGAUCCUCAAUCUGAUCGUGUAGGUUAUAUACCGGCCAGAGCUGAGCGUAGACCAGGCAGGCCCUACGGUGUCGUGAAUAUCUAA